CGGAUUGGCUGGGGAAGGGAGUCAGGUGGGGGCCCAGGUGGGAGUGGGCCAUCAUCCCGCGGGUAUAAGAUGGGUGGGUGGCGGCGGCCCGCUACUCUGCUGGGGUGACCUCCGAGGCAGCCAUGGAGCUGAGCUAUGGCCUUUUCAUCUGCUUUCUGCUCUGGGGUGGCAUGCAGCUGUGCCAUCCCCUCUUGCUCGUUCAGGGUGAAGCCCACCCCCCUGUGUCAUCAGCACCCCCCGUGCUGGUGCAGUGUCUGGAGGCCCAGCUGGUGGUCACUGUCAGCAAAGACCUUUUUGGCACCGGGAAGCUCAUCAGGUCUGCCGACCUCACCCUGGGCAAGGAGUCCUGCCGACCCCUGGCCUCGAAUGACACCGAUGACGUCAUCAGGUUUAAGGUUGGGCUACAUGAGUGUGGCAACGAAGUGCAGAUGACUGAUGAUGCCUUGGUGUACAGCACCCUCUUGCUCCACAACCCACACCCCGUGGGAAACCUGUCCAUCCUAAGGACCAACUAUGCUGAGGUUCCCAUCGAGUGCCAUUACCCCAGGCAGGGCAACGUGAGCAGUUGGCCUGUCCUGCCCACCUGGGUGCCCUUCCGGACCACCGUGUCUUCAGAGGAGAAGCUGGUUUUCUCUCUGCACCUGAUGGAGAAGGACUGGAGUACCCAGAAGAGGUCCCCCAUCUUCCAGCUGGGGGAGACGGCCCACCUCCAGGCAGAAGUCCACACUGGUAGCCACAGGCCACUGCGACUGUUCGUGGACCACUGUGUGGCCACAGGGACCCCAGACCGGGACUCUUCCCCUCACCAUAGCAUUGUGGACUUCCACGGUUGCCUUGUGGAUGGCCUCUCCGAUGCCUCUUCUGCAUUCAGAUCCCCCAGACCCAGGCCAGAUACUCUCCAGUUCACGGUGGAUGUGUUCCACUUUGCUAAUGACACCAGAAACUCCAGAAACAUGAUUUAUAUCACCUGCCAUCUGAAGGUCACCCCUGCUGACCAAGCCCCAGACCCACGAAACAAAGCCUGUUCCUUCAGCAAGUCCUCCAAUAGCUGGUCCCCAGUAGAAGGCACUGUGGACAUCUGUGGAUGCUGUAAUAAGGGUGAUUGUGGUAUUCUGGACCAUUCCAGGAGGCUGUCCUCCCUUCCUACAAGCCAGAGGCAGAAAUCUGCUUCCCGCAACCCCAGGCAUGUGACAGAAGAAGUAGACGUCACCGUGGGGCCACUGGUCUUCCUGGGCAAGUCUGCUGGCCACGGCACACCGGGGUGGACCUCUUCCAGUCACACGUCUGUGGCCUUGGGUUUAGGCCUGGCCAUGCUGGUGGCCCUGACCUUGGCUGCGGUGGUCCUGGGUCUGGCCAGGAGGCGCCCGGCUGCUUCCCACGCUGUGGUGUGCCCUGAAUCUUCCUCCUAA